GGGAGGCGGAGGCGGCGGGAGAGAAGCAGGCAGGGAGGGGGCCGGCCUCCCAGAGCCGGUAUAAAAGCCCCGCGCCCGGCCGCUCCGCCCUGCUUGCCAUCGGCUCCGCGGCAGGUUCCCGCGUGGCUCCGCUCGCUCCUUCCCUCGCUCUCGCUCUCUCUGCCCGGCCCUCGAUGGUGCUGCCCGGAGGGGCCGGCCUCGCCAUGUCGCGCUCGGAGGAGGUGCACCGCAUCACGGAAAAUGUCUACAAGACUAUCAUGGAGCAAUUCAACCCUAGCCUCCGGAACUUCAUUUCCAUGGGGAAGAACUAUGAAAAAGCCUUGGCAGGUGUGACAUAUGCAGCAAAAGGAUACUUUGAUGCUCUGGUGAAAAUGGGAGAAUUGGCCAGUGAAAGCCAGGGAUCUAAGGAACUGGGGGAUGUACUUUUCCAGAUGGCUGAAGUCCACAGACAGAUUCAGAAUCAAUUAGAAGAGAUGCUGAAGUCCUUUCACAACGAACUGUUAACACAACUGGAACAGAAAGUAGAACUGGAUUCACGAUAUCUAAGUGCUGCAUUGAAAAAGUAUCAGACUGAGCAAAGGAACAAAGGAGAUUCACUGGAGAAGUGUCAGGCUGAACUAAAAAAGCUUCGGAAGAAGAGCCAAGGGAGCAAGAAUCCCCAGAAGUAUUCUGAGAAGGAGCUGCAGUUUAUUGAAGCUAUCACCAACAAGCAAGGUGAGCUAGAGAACUACGUGUCUGAUGGGUACAAAACAGCACUCACAGAAGAAAGGCGACGAUUCUGUUUCCUGGUGGAGAAGCAGUGCGCUGUGGCCAAAAAUGCCCUCACGUACCACUCCAAGGGAAAAGACAUCUUGACACAGAAGCUUCCCUUAUGGCAGCAAUCUUGUGCUGAUCCCAACAAGAUCCCUGACCGUGCUAUCCAGCUGAUGCAACAGAUGGCCCUCAGCAGCAAUGGAACGAUUAUGCCGAGCCCUCUCACCACAUCCAAGUCAAACCUCAUCAUCUCAGACCCCAUCCCUGGUGCCAAGCCACUCCCAGUCCCACCAGAGCUGGCACCUUUUGUUGGACGAAUGUCAGCACAAGAAACCAUGCCAGUGAUGAAUGGUGUCUCGGGCUCAGAAGGGGAAGAUUACAACCACUGGUCUGACCGGAAGCCUCCUCAGCCAAAGUCUUUAUCCCCACCUCAAACACAGAAGCUGAGCGACUCUUACUCCAACACUCUCCCCGUGCGCAAAAGUGUGAUGCCAAAAAACAGCUAUGCAGCCACUGAAAACAAGACUCUGCCACGUUCCAGCUCCAUGGCAGCGGGACUGGAAAAGAAUGGCAGGACAAGAGUGCGGGCCAUCUUUUCUCAUGCUGCUGGGGACAACAGCACCCUUCUCAGCUUCAAGGAGGGGGAUCUCAUUACAUUGCUAGUGCCUGAGGCCAGAGAUGGGUGGCACUAUGGGGAGAGCGAGAAGACAAAAUUGAGAGGCUGGUUCCCUUUCUCCUAUACUCGAGUGCUGGACAGUGAGGGGAAUGACAGAUUACACAUAAGCCAAGGAAAAAGCAGUAGUACAGGCAACCUGCUGGACAAAGAUGACAUCCCUCCACCGGACUACAGCAUGUCCUCCCGAGGUUUCCAGUCACAGAAUGUGAGCACUUUCAAACAGAGGCCAUACAGUGUGGCAGUGCCAGCUUUCGCCCAGGAGUACCUUAUGCCCUACGGCUGUGCCAUUAAUGAAUAUUCCAGUGGCCUCUGCCCAAUGCUACCAGCCUCCUACCAGCCUUACCCUAGGUCAACAGCCGGCCUGGAUGACUAUGGAGCAAGAUCCUCAAGCAGCACGGAUGUUGAAGUGGCCAGGUUUUGAGAUGUUUCCCUGACUGUGUAUAGUUGAAUCCUUUUGCCAACGUCCAACUCAAACCAACAGUGACAAAUGACCGUUCAGCUCCUCUCAUCAGCUGAUCCCAGGGAAGUUGGGUUACUGCCGAUACCUCACACUUUCUAUUUCUGUUUCACCUGUGUUGCAUUUUUAUGAAAUCCUUGUAAAAUAUACUUGUCCUUUCCGCAAUUCCUAUUUUUAUAGUUAGAUUGAAUUGAAUGUCAACUUCCUGCUUGAAAAGCAGGUGUUUCACUCUUUAGGAACAGAGACUUUAGCUUUGAGUAACAAGUAUCUUGAAGAUUACAUAACAUCUCUGCUUUGAAUGGAGAGCUAGAUUGAACUAUGAGCCAGUCUCUGUGUUUCACCUCCAUUGCUUAUAGACUAUAUUCAAACUCUUUCAUGGAUAGUGAUGAACCAGGAAAGCUACUGUACCAAAAGUAGAUCUUCCUAUUUUGCAAUAUCUUACACAUCAGCUAAAAUGUAUCUUGGAUAUCCUCUGGCAUCAUAGAGGAUUUCAACAAACUCACCUAUGGACUUGAUGUUUGUGGAGAAGAGCUUUGGUGCUACACAGUGCUACAUGGUGGUGAUUUUCAGCAGUUUUGGAUCUCCUGUGAAAUGCACACACUGUUCAGCUGUGGAUCCAAGGCAGCACAUUAUAUGGACUGAAGCAUCUUUCAACUUUAAUAACUCAUGAGUUAAGAUCUUACUCCUCUUCAGAUCAUAUAAAUCUUGAAUUGCAAUGAUCCACUUCUCCUGGGUGUGGAUUUAACUGGGUAGCUCUCUAUACCCAAAGUUGCCUUUUAUAUGUUUGCAUAAAUAACCUAGAUCUCUAUACAUAUGUCUUGCCUGUCAUCAAGGAGAAGAGUGAAGUUGAGACAGAUCUAAUGUGAUGAGAUUAUCAUGUCAUACCAUUACAUCAUAAUCAUCAUGUAAACAUGUUUGGUCCUAUUAAGAUGGUUGUGGUAUUGUAAACAGGAAAUUUUUUUUGCUCUUCUUAUAAAGCACCAGCAGCUGCUCUGUCCCACUGUAACAUCUUGCUAAUGAGGCAUGUAAAGAAUCAUAAUAGUUAUAAAGCCGGAGCCAUUCCCACCUUUUAGAUUUCCUCUUGCGAGAUUAUUCCUGUCUGCCUAUCAUGCGUACAGUGGGUUUUCAUUCCAUGCUUCAAGCAACCUGACACGGGUUAGGAGCUGUAGGUCAGUGCUGUUUGAAAGAUCCUGGCUCUCUGAUCAAAGCAAUGCUUCAGUCCUCUUUUCAGUUUUUAAGUUCUCCCUGCACUUGCUUGACAAUGUAGAUAUUGACAUAUCCAUAGAUAUUAAUAUAUCCAUAAAAAGCUUUUGUAUAUAUGCCGUUAUAUACGCCACCUAGUUGGGGAUCAAGGUCCCUUCAGCUGCAAUGCAGAGUACUGAGUGCUGCACCGCACAGACAUUAAUACAAAGUGGAAUCAGUGCAUUGUUCCCAGGAUUUGUCAACUCCCAAGACAGGGUUUUGAGGGUUUAGGCCUUAUAUAGCAAACUUUUUAUCACUUGGGGCUUUGAUUGGUUUUUUCAUCUGUAGUUUCACCUUUGAUCCCAAGUGCUAGCAGAGUAAGCAACAAAAAAAGUCUAAAUGCUGUUAGGCAAAUCUCUCACUUCACUUGUUCUGUGAUACAUGAGAAUUGAAAGCAAGGCUGCACAGCCUAAAUACACCCCUGACAAAAUGUACUCCAAAUGGAAAGAAACACUCAAUCAUCUACAUACAAAUUGUCAAUUGGCCCUAACCUCCCUGUUGCAUAAUAAUUGUCUUAGGAAAUUUGUUCAUGGCAAUGCAAUGGUGUUUCUAACUCCCGUGUUGUAUUUGGAGAAAAGGCAGUGAGCCAUACUGUCCAAAAAGGUUAAAUUCUGUGUGGUGGGGAUUUUUCUUUUUCUUUUUGGCUAGAUCUGUUGUGGAAGGAAACAGGCAAGCUGCUUACUUGUGCCUAGUCUGGCCCAGUAUCAGUGGUAGAACCUCCUCCAUAAUGUUUUCAGAACUCCUGCCUAGAUGAAAGGGGUUUCCCCGUGGAUGAGGGGCAUUCAAGUCCUGGACAAUGCGGAGCACAUAGAAUUAAAAAGUAAACUAAGCAAAACCCACCACCAGCAUAUGUCAGUCCCAGGGCUGGAAUAAUCUUCAAGUUAACUAGAAGAAGUUCUGGAUCGCAUUAAAAAGAGUGUCACAACUGAGAAUUUUCUUUGCACUACCUGAUCGUUCUGUCCAGUGUAAGAUUUAGAGAAUGGGGUCUGAACCCAUCUUGCAACAGUCUAAUGUAAGGGAUUAGGUGGGGAUUAGCAGUAGCAAAUAGGAAGAUUGUAUGAAUUUAUGAAAACAAGUGCAUAUUUAUUUUUUUAAAUCUAUACAUCCUCUCUAUUCUCCUGUGGAGGAGGGAAGUAAGACAAGGGCAUUGUCCUCAAAAUAGGAAUUCUGUCACUCACCCAAUUAAAUUUCCCUUGCUUAGGGAUGUUUUAUUUUUGAAUACUUAAUUGCUUCUUAAAAUGUUUUAUGAGGUGGUUUUGUCUUUAAAUUUUAUUGUAAAUGUUUUUUUAAUUGACCGGGAGGAGCCUCCGAUGGUGCAAUGGGUUAAAUCCUUGUGCCGGCAGGACUGCUGACUAAAAGGUCAGAAAUUCAAAUCCAGGAAGCGGGGUCAGCUCCAGCUUCCUGUAUGGGGACAUAAGAGAAGCCUCCCACAGGAUAGUAAAACAUCAAACAUGGGUGUCCCCUAGACAACAUCCUUGCAGACAGCCAAUUCUCUCACACCAGAAUGCAAGUGUGUUUCUCCUACUUAUAUUAUUCACAUGGUAAAUCCUACAAGAUAGGAACAUCUUGCUGUGUAAUUUGGCUGUGCACUGUCUUGGUUGUAAGUACAGGGAGUGGUAACUAUUCUUAUAAGAAGGGUUGAAAAUCCUUGGGAAAUGUUUUUCCCUUCUAGGGUUUGAGAUGUUCGAACUUGGAAAUAUUUUCUAAAUUUCUAUUUAGAUAAUACUGCCUAGUUUCUACCAGAGUUUUCUAUACCUUCCUUAUGUUGCUGCAUCAAGAAUAAAUAGUUUUCUCCUUGUUUGUAUGCUGCCUUUACAUUAUCAUUUUAUUAAUAAAAUAUCCAGGAUACCAAUAUUUUAAGGUCCUCUGUUCCUCUCACUGCAAAAGCAGACAAUGGGACUUUGUGGCAAGAUAGUUGGAAUCUACUUGCCAUAAGACUGUAGUGAUCUGGUUAAGGGUGAUGGAAGCAAGAUCUGUGUUGAAGCAGGUUCAUUGGUCAUAUCAUACAGCUCAAAGUAGCAUCUGUAUUUAAGCCCCUGAUAUCUAUUGCCCAGGAUAAAUAAGAGAAGGUUCUUAACUUCUUCUGCUCAUGUAUAUAAGAUUAGGCAGGAAUAACCCCGAUUUCAUGAUUAGAAAAGCUCCCCAUGACAUUUGUACUAGAUUAGCUAAUUAGCAUCUGUUCUUAUCUAGCUGAAAUCUGAUCAAUAAUGUUGUCCAUGACUGCCAAAGCAGAAAGAUGUGAUCUCAGUUUUAUUGCUCCUUUGAUUUUAAGCUUUAAGCUUUAAUUUAAUUUGUUUAAUAUGGUUUUAGUCUCUUUAAAUUAUUUCUAUUGUUUUAAACUUUAAACAUUUUUGAGCGGCUUCCGUUGAUUUUAUUUAAACAUUAACUUGAGUUCAUCCUUCAUAUCCAUUCCAAAAUGUGAAGAAUUUGGAGAAGAGGUCAGCUAUGGUUCCAUAUAGCCACAUUACACCAGCCAGAUUUCUCACUGGAUACCUGUAUAUAACUAAAUGGUUUUCUGAUCCUGCCCGAUCCCUGUGAGGCACAGAAGAACUAUGUGGAAGAUGAGAUUCAACCAUUGUACAGUAAAUUGUGGAGUGGCCAGUAUGAAAAAGGAAAUAGCAAGGGAAAAUAUCCAUUAAACAAUUCCAGCCAGAGUAGGUUAAUGCUUACCCAGCUUCCAUUGGUGUCAUAAGUCUAUUCCACUUGAGACCUAUGAGGAUGCAGGGCUGUACAGUGCACAGCAGCUGGUUCUUAGUGAAAAUGAUGUACCAUAUGCUGGAAUUGUAGCAUUAGCUGAUCACACAGUGUAUGCCAGGCAUGGGCUAACAGCCCUCCAGGUGUUUUGGACUUCUACUCCAAGAAAUCCCAUGCCAGUUUACUGGCUGUUAGAAAUUGUGGGAUUUGAAGCCCAAAACACUUGGAGGACUGAAGUUUCCCAAAGCCUAGACUGUAUACCCUUACUGUUCAGCUAUGCUGGGACUUUGUGCCUACCACUAUAGUUAUUGACACCCCCCCCCCCCUCAAAGUGUUUCAUGCUCAUAUCUCUACUGUUUAAAAAAGGCUGCAGUGUUAAAAUCAUUUCACACCCCAGAUGAAGCAUGCUAUUGCCUUCCAGAUGCACUUAAAUCUGGAACAGCAACAUGACUAUGAAUCCUCUAAGCUUAACACUGCUGAUUUUCAAAUUAUAUAAUGCAUUCUAAUGCUAACAACAAUAUACUUGAGGUUUUAUUCAUCUGUUUUUUCCAGUCGUUUAUUUAAUGUAUUGUUUAAUGGGUGGGUUUUACUAUGAAAGGUCAGCGGUUUGAAUCCAGGGAGUGGGGUGAGCUCCCACUAUUAGCCUCAGCUUCUGCCAACCUAGCAGUUCAAAAACAUGCAAAUGUGAGUAGAUCAAUAGGUACCACUCUGGCAAGAAGGUAAUGGCGCUCCAUGCAGUUAUGCCAGCCACAUGACCUGGGAGGUGUCUACAGACAACACCAGUUCUUCAGCUUAGAAAAGGAGAUGAGCACCAACCCCCAGAGUUAAUGUCAGGGGGAAACCUUUACUUUUACUAAACUAAACAAAAAUAAUACUAAUCCUUUGGUUUAGUGUUCUGCCUAUUCAUUGACAGGGAAGCCAGAGCAAUCUCUUCAAGAGAUUAUAUGCCAGAUCAAAAUCAGAUUACAAAGCAUAGCUCUGGUGACAUGUUAUGGUAGAUGAGUUACUCCUGAGCCGCCAGACUUUGACAGUCUCUAAACCAAAAUUGGCCCAAGAUCAGAAUAACAUCCUAACUCAGACCCAGUUGUGGCCCCCAAUCAUGUUAACACUUCCAGCCCCAUGGGUACUAUCAGGUCUCUGGAGCUGCAAAACCAGGAGUGUAUAAAAUAACUAGUAAAAUGCAUCAUGUGCCCACAGGGGCUCCACAUGUGAUCAGACUAUUUAGCAGUGCUAAUACAAUUCCCCAACCCGCUGAUAAAUUAUCUCCCAAGGUUACCCCAUUCACAAGACCUCAGUGUUUAACCCCCCUCAGAACCAGGCAUGUAUAGCUUUGGGGGGUAUUCAUAGUGACAUAACCAAGCACCUUUUGCAUUCUGCCUAAUGGGAUGCCUGCCCCAGACAAGUUUUUUAAAAAAAUAGAAAUAGGCCAACACAAUCUGGGAGGCUUCAUGAUUCCCACUGCUCUUAAAUUCUGAAGCAUGAGAAUCUUAGCUGAGAAAGAAGCUGCUAACCUUACAUCCAAGCCUAAACUGGAAUGCUGAAUGAUCCACUAUUCAUCAUUCUACCCCCUGAUCCAAGACCAUAUACAAACCUGUAGUUUCAAUAUAUCAUGCUGGCUUCCAAGUGCAGACAUCAGAUGAGUGCAGGCAGAGGUUUAUUAUUUUUAUUUUAAAAAUGUUUUAUUUUUGUUGUUGUUGUCGUUGUUAUUGGACCAAUGGUAUUUGACACACAUGCUGGGAGCUGUAUGGAAAUCAGCACUGAUAAAAAAUACAGCAAUUAUGACCCGUAUCAAUAAAAUAUACACUGUAAAUAGCG